AUGCACACAUUUUCUACAUUACCUGUCGAACUUGUUUAUCGAAUUAUGGAUCAUCAAAAUGAGCUGACGCUAUUUUUGUCAAUGCAAAAUAUUUGUCGACGGCUCAAUCAAAUACUCAGCACCUAUGAGCGAUAUCGAACGCUCACCACACUAAACCUCAAUUACUGCAGUAUUCGUCUUGUAACAGCGCAGCGCAUUGGGCAUGCGCUGCGAACAAAUACGACACUCACCACACUAAAUUUUAGUCAGAACCAAAUCCGUGAUAAAGGAGCACAACACAUUGCCGAUGCGUUGCGAACGAACACGGCGCUCACCACACUAGAUCUCAGCGGCGACGGAAUCGGUGACGAAGGAGCACAGCACAUUGCGGAUGCUUUGCAAACGAACACGACGCUCACCACACUAUACCUCGGGAGUAAUCGAAUCGGUCGUGAAGGAGCACAACACAUUGCGGAUGCUUUGCGAACGAACACGACGCUCACCACACUACAGCUCAGUGGCGACGAAAUCGGUGGCGAAGGAGCACAACACAUUGCGGAUGCAUUGCGAACGAACACGACGCUCACCACACUAAGGCUCGGCAGUGACAAAAUCCGUGAUGAAGGAGCACAACACAUUGCGGAUGCAUUGCGAACGAACACGGUAAUAUUCACCUCAUUUCAAAGACAACGAAGCAGUCAACCUAUCUCACACCUACAGGCACUUACCACACUAAACCUCGGGUGUAAUCUAAUCGGUCGUGAAGGAGUACAACACAUUGCGGAUGCUUUGCGGACGAACACGACGCUCGCCAGACUAGAUCUCAGCUGGAACAAAAUCCGUGAUGAAGGAGCACAACACAUUGCGGAUGCAUUGCGAACGAACACAGCACUCACCACACUAAACCUCCAGCAUAAUGGAAUCGGUCGUGAAGGAGCACAACACAUUGCGGAUGCUUUGCGAACAAACACGACGCUCACCACACUAAUGCUCAACGACAACAGAAUCGGUGAUGAAGUAGCUGAACAGAUUGCAGAGGUGUUGGGAAGGAAUACAAACGUGAAGACGGUGUAG